CAUGGAAGGUUUUUUCUCUCUUUGGAAAAUCUGACAUGUUUAUAUAAACCUGUCAAACCUGUCUGAAUCCGCCCCUGUGGCACGCGUGUCAAAGAUAAAAGACCUGCCACGUUUGCAAUUCAAAUUCAUUCACUAUGUAACGAAAAUUUGCAUAGGAAUUACUACAACAACUGAAUUUAUACGCUACUGACUACAUAUUGUUUUCGGUGCAAUGAUUGUUCAAUAUUUCGUUGCUGUUAUACUGUAACCUUGCUAAAAUAGCAAUUUCUUUGUUGUCACCGUGUGAACAAAUCUUGUAAUUGUACGUGCAUCUAUCCAUGAUUUAUUUCUAAGCUCGUGAUGUUCUAUUAAUUUGUCAUUAAAUUCUUAAUACUGAAAUUAUUAGCUUCGUUCGGCAAGCUAUAUUUAUAGCGCGAAUCGGCGUUUCCGAGUAUUUGUUUCGUAUUGGAAAUAUAUCCAUGUUUUGACUCAUUACAGAGGUGAGUGGUCGACUGUUUUCAUGGGAACUUGAAGAAUGAAGUUGAUAAAUCUAAGAGACUAAGACUUCUUUCAAAUCCAAGAGACUAAGACUUCUUCUUUUGAACAAUUUAUGUUUCAUUCUAUUUCCUGCUUGAUAAGAUAAAGUAUUUAGAAUAUUUGUUUAAUCAUAGGUACAGUAUUUCCUUGAGCUCGCUGGAUUGGUUACCUUGGUAUGCGAUGGCUUUAUGGCGAAAACAUCGCUUUAUCAGUUUACAAGAGCAAGACAGCAGGGAUAAAAUUGAAGCAGGAUCUCAGUUUAUUGUCAAGCGCGUUGGUUCGACCAGUGUAGGCGAUUUAGAUCCAACAAAUUCCGAGGAACGCUUGAUUGAAUUCUAUAAAGACUUACUGGAAUUAUUCCACUUUGAACACGGCUGUAAACUGAGGCUGAUAGUCGAUUUAACUGGAGCUCUGUUGUUCAGCAAGGACGGUGAUGUGCUGCAAAAGUUUCAGCUAUCAAAUAUCCGUGAUGUUAUAUACUCGACGAAAAAAGAAGAAUACACUCGGUAUUUUAUACUUGUUGGACGCGAAGACAGCGAACUGACUGUGAAAGCUCAUGUAUUAUUUUGCGAGGACAAGCACAAAGCGAAAUUGUUGUAUGAUACAUUCAUUGGGGUGUUUACAUUGGCGACUGAUAUGAGGAAAUAUCGAAGACAAGUUAGUGAUGGCGGUGCACUAGAAGAUAAGAAUAAACAGAGACUCAGGACAAACAGCGAAUCGACAAGUGGCACUAGAGAUGCUAAAGUGGCUUCGUAUGGUCGAGUAAACACACAAGAUGUCCAUGCUGACGUGCCACGGCGACAAACAUGGACGAGUUCAAGUAUGACGCGUCCAUGUCAAAAAUUUGAGGAGAAUAGUCAAUACGAGCUCAAUGAUAGUUUUACAGAAUUUGCUCGAUCCCGUAGCCGUGACAGCAGUAGUACAUCCAGCAAAUCAGAUAGCAGUGACAUUAACAGCAAUAAGAUACUUUGGCAAGAUUCAGAUGUUUUUAUGUAACGUUCAGUGCGAGAAAGAGCCCCAUGCGGCGAAAGCUUGUAAACACACUGAUCGCAAUAUAGGCUGGACUGACCAGCUAAUCUUUAUUGAAUGGUGUCGGUUUAAUUCACUCGAAGAGCUAGAUUUAUGACGUUGUGCUAGGCUUAGUGUUCUCAUUCUUAAAAGGUAAUGACAACUCUCAAUAAUUCACCAAUCAAUUGCUAUCUGCCAGACUAAUUUUCUAAACAUUGAUUAGCCAUUCUUUGGAAUCUAAAAUUAUCUGAUUAUUUGAGAUUGAUUAGCAGGGGCGCCCGAUGCAACUUGAAAUGGCGGGGGUAGCCAUUAAAAAGGGAACUUGCGUCUGAGCUCUAAUAUUUGUGGCGGUAAUGCUUGUUAAAGAUGUGGUACAGUCCGAUCUGCGCAUGUGCACAAAGGAGCCCUCUUUUUAUUUACAAACAGUUUAUUUAGGUUUUUUAUUUCAUUUUAUGUUCUUGCAAAGCUUGAUUGUUGUGUCUUGAUAAUUUAUUAUACUCCAGAAUCAUCAAAAUAUAAAUAGUUGUUGAAUAAAAUUCAAUAUUUUGGACACCGAAAUGUAAACAAAGCCUUUGUUUACAUACGGACUGUACCGCAUCUUUAAAAGUCGGACAAAUUUUUGCAUUGAUUGGAACAAUUGUAUUGUUGUGAUGUUAUCUCCGAGUGUGUCUAAACCUGGCAGCUGAGAAGUUUCAACUGAUCAUGAGCAACAAGGUCAAGUCGGUUCGAAGACGAGUGGGUGAUAUUUGGGAUUAUAAUAUAGCACUUGUAAAUUCUGAACGCUGAUUGGCUAAGAGCCGUGUUGAUGAUAACUAUGUCAACACGGAAACGUCGGAAAAUUUCUUUCUUUAUAUUUCUUUGUGCUAUAUUAUAAAGAAAAUAUAAAACAUUUUUUCCGCAUUGAUAUACAGUUAUAUCAACACUCGUGGAAAUUGUGAAAACUCGAAAUUGUGUGAAAACACACUUCGCCCUUUGGGCGCCGUGUUUCCACACAAUUUCUCGUUUUCCCAAUUUCCACUCGUGUUGAUAUAACUGUAUAUCAACACGGAAAAUGUUUUAUAUUUGUUAAAGACAGUCUAGUUCCUUCGAUAUCAGUGUGUUUCUACGAUUUUUUUGUAUCUGGUGUAUCGAAGGAACUUGGCUGAGUUCCGAAAUAUCACCCACUCGAAGCGACUUGACCUCGUAGCUCAGUUGGCAGAGCCAAUGACUAGCAAACCAAAGGUUGCGGGUUCGAUUACCACCGCGAUCAAGUAAACUUUUCAGCUUUCCCGGUGUGCGCACACUCAGAGACAACAUCAUAAACAUAUAUCUCAAAUUGCUUGAAAACAGUUCUCAAUUUCAAUUCAUAUGAAUACGCACUACUUUCGAAGCGCAGUUCUUGUAAAUUGAAGGCAACCUACCUGCUAUCCCCACACUGGCUCCGUCGCCCCUGUUGAUCAGUGUACUCACAUAUCUAUAGCUAAAUCACACUGGAGAGGUUAAGAUACCCCGGUUCCGUUUCACGGACGAUACACAUGCACCCGCAAAUCCGGGUACGACUUGCAACUUAAGAAAUCCAAGACAUCCCGGGUACGAAAACCGAUCGGAGGAUAGUAAUUUUGUUGUUGAAGUUCACCAUAUAUUUUGGAAAAACUUGUCGAGCGAAUGUGCAUUGAUUUAUCAUUUAUUUAGGUAAGAUGUUGAAAUAGUAAACAGGAAAACCAGUUGUUUUUACGUGUAGACUAUGGUUUAGCACGGGGAAAAGGGUCGAAAUUAGGGGUAAACUAGCCUGCGCAGGCUAGGGGUAAACAUGCUGACAUCAGCAAAAUUUGGUAAAAAAAUGGCGAUACCCGGAACUCGUGAGGUAUCUUAAUCUCUCUAAUAAAAUCUCCAUGCAGGCAAAAGAGAUACUCCCAAUGAAAUUCAGGCAGAAUUUUUAAAUUUAGGUCGACUAUUUGUCCUGUUGUCUGAGCCUUCAAUUGUUAUUGUAAAAUUAGUAAACAAAAUUUAAGCUUGUUCGACAAAAUUAAAAUGUUUAAAAAUAGGUACGAUGAGCGUACUAUACGUAUCUGCGCGGAAUAUUGACCUAACUGCAUGCAUAUGAUGUGUGGGUAUAAAUGGAAAAUGCAAAUUUACCUUGUCUUGGAGGACGCGCAGCAUUUCAAUUCUAUUUCAGAACCAUCUUCAGAGACAUGAAUUUAUUUUUUUACUACAAGUUUAGACUUUAAUUAAAAUACAC